AUAGGCACAUCGACAUCAUGAGCGCCGUAAACCGUCCGGUGGACUUGAAGCUGAAGGAGAAGGACGUCAACAACAAGCUGCAGCUAUACGGAAUCGCCGAAGCCUUCUCCAAUGGCAAGGUGCCAUCCAACAGCCAGAUCGAUGUCGCUCUCAACUCUGCAUUGGCCCACAGGGCGCUCAACUCACCGUCCAAGAAGCUCUCUCCCGAGGGCCAGAGUCUGGUCACUGACCUGAAGAACGUCAUUGAGCAGGCCAAGAUUCUUCUUCUCACCAAGAACGAGGGCAACCUCCUCCAGGACUUUAUCUGGCAGGCCGAGCACCUCAAUGGCAACAUGGCCAACCGUCCCAAUGCACCCGUGGAUAAGGACACGGCGAGGCAGGACGGCAACAACGCUCUCGACGGCCUGCGCACUCUUGGCACACUACUCAUCUCCAACGGCCAGUUCAGGAAGCUUCUCUCAGACGCCAGUGUUCUCCUCCGCGACAUGGCUGGCGAUGCCGCGCAGAACACGGCAAACCGCGUCAAGCCCUCGCAAGACCAGCUCAGCAAGCUGGACCAGCCUGCCGAGGACAACACCUGGCACGACACAUCCAACUUGAACCGUGAGAACCUCCGCAACCAGGCUAAGAGCAGCCUGCCGUUUGGCAACAAGAACCGCGACCAGGCCAAGGGAGAGCUCAGCGAAGCAGCCAAGGACGUCAACCAGGCCGCCAACCCCCAGGGUACCCGCGAUCCCUCUCACACUGCCGAGCUCGCUGCCCAGGAGGGCCAGACGGGCCAGCCCACCGGCGUUGAUGUUCGCAGCGGCGUCGAGGCGGCUAAGCAGAAGGUUGACGCCAACACGUCGGAAGAAGACAAGCAAAAGGCCCGCGCCCGCCGCGACCAGCUCAACAACUACCUUCGGGGUAAGAUGCCAGAGGAGCGCCGCGAGCAGACCAUCUGGCGCCUCAAGAAGAUGGUUGUCGAAAUUCAGGGCCACCACGACUACCAGCGCGCCAUCGAGACUUUGCUAACACUGGCUGAGCGAUACUCGGGCCACGGCAGGAACAUGGGCAUGCAGGGCAAGGGCUCUGUGCAAGGCUUCCUCCAAGAGAACCAAUGGCUGACCAACAUGAAGACUCUCCUCGAGCGAUUCGCCAACAACACGUCAUUCGACGACCUGAUUGAGUCUAUUAACCAGAUCUACAAGGACGCCGACCAGGACCCCGAGCUGAGGAACUGGUUCAAGCGCAUGAACCAAUUCAUCCGCAAGACGCUCCAGCAGCAGGGCUUUGUCCUCGAAGACAGCUUCAACGCCGAGUGGAACCAGCUCUACGACGACGGCCACCACUUCUUCCGCAGCCGCUACCGAGGCCACACGGACCGCAUCGCUGAUGAAUUCCGCUUCAUUGGCCAGCAGUUUGACGCUGAUGCUCAGAACAAGCAGUUUGCCGAGUCGAUCAACAAGCUCUUCCGCGACCUGGGCCACGAUGAGAACGGCAAGACUGUCUUCAAGCCCCACCUUGUCAAGGACCUGACUGAGGUCGUCCUCCCCGCCAUCUUUGAGAAUGUCCGCUACAUUCCCGUGCCGCGCAUCGAGUACAGCGACCCCAUGAUGGACGCUGUCGUUGAAAACCUGGUGAUCGAGGGUGACAACCUCGCGCCCAACUCGCUCGAGUUUGGCUCAGACAACUACUGGCGCUGGGGCCGCAAGUCCAUUACGAGCAAGAACAAGAACCGCGUCAUGCUCUCCGUCUCGGGUGUGCAGAUGGACCUCAGGGACGUGUCGUACUACAUCAAGCGCAAGCAGGGCUUCCCCUCCAUCACGGACAAGGGUGUCAUGGACAUUUUCAUGGGCGGCACCGGCUUCAGCUUCAAGGUGGAGAUGGAGACUGCCGACAAGGCGCGCGAGGAUGCGCAGACACAUUUCUUCAAGGUGACCAAGGUCGAGUCGGACAUUAAGCACCUGCAGAUCAAGAUGAAGAAGAGCAACCACAAACUCCUCUUCAACAUGUUCAAGCCUCUGCUCCUCAAGGUCAUGCGCCCUGCGAUCCAGAAGGUCUUGGAGAAGCAGAUUAAGGACUCUGUCAACCAGCUCGACGGCAUCCUCUUCGACAUCAAGACGGAGGCUGACCGUGCUGAGGCCGAGGCCAAGCGCAACCCCGACCCCCAGAACAUCAAGAACAUGUACCAGCGCUACGCCAACUCUGCCCAGAACCGCCUUAUGCAAGGCAAGCAGAAGAAGGAGGCUGUCAAGGAGCGGACCAAGGACACACAGGUCAACAUGGCCGUCACGCAGCACGACUCCAUCUUCAAGAACAUUUCGCUGCCCGGAGGUAUCUCGUCCAAGGCGACCGAGUACAAGGAGCUCGCUGCCAAGGGCGAGAAGUGGGAGAGCCCCGUCUUCUCUAUUGGCUCAGCCAAGGAGACGUCGAGCCUCCCACAGGUUGGCAAGAUCACCCGCAAGCCCCACGGUCGUCCAGACGGCUACGGCAACCCCGGUGAUGCUUCUCGCGGCCUAGAUGCUUCGCAGGGCAUGAACCCAUCCACCAACCAGUACGACAGCCAGUACUCUAACGCCGGCGGCCUUGGUGCUGAGCCUGGUCUUACUACGGGCCACCAGGGCUUGACUGGCGGUGCUCCGGCUACUAGCGGCGUUCCUGGCAGUGUUCCCGCUACCGGCGCCGCCCCAGGCUUCGGUACUCAGAUUGACGACGCGUUCAACACGACGGGCUCGGCUACUACUGCUGGUUCUACAGGCCUGAACAACCCGGCUUCUGCGACUGCCCCUGCUACUGGCCAGUACAACACUACUCUCGGCGAGCAGAACCCCGUCUUCCAGGGCCGCGUUUAGAUGCUUGUUCUCGACCAGUGAUACCCGGUAUGCUUUGGGGGUUGCAAGUCACGAUGACGACUUUUCUACCUUUUGAUCAUGGAUGAUACCACGUUUGCGCCAAUGCGCAUGCGCGCGCACAUGAGUAAACGGAUGUUCUUUGGUUUCGCUCACGGCAGACAUGAAAUGAUGGUUAUGUGCCUAUGUGGUUAAUGGGGAGGACUGGGGUUGACCGUUGCCAAGGCAGGUCAUGAAAACUUGGUACUGAUGCCGCUUUCCUGUAGUAAUAGUUAAUGCAUUGAUUUGAU